CCUUUGCAACUUCCCCCUUCACUUGGAUUACUUCCGCUAAACACCCAUACUCUCUCUCUCUCUCUCACGUACCUAGCCCUCAACGUCCCCCAACCCUCUACCCACCUUACCUUCACGACACAUCCUACCUAACUCACUUCUUCAACAUGCGUUUUUCCAUCGUCGCUAUCGCUGCCGCUGUCAUCGGCGCCGUAAUGGCCGACCAGGCCUAUCCCACUGUUCCCACUGGCGAUACCAAGUGGAAUGCCGGCAAGAACUACACUGUCACUUGGAAUCUUAUCACUACUGAGAAAGUCGCACUCACCGUUGACCUCUUCAAGGGUAACGCCAGCAGCCAGACCCUUGUCAACAAGUUUGGUUCAGCCAAGGCUGGGGCCACUUCUUUCCAGAUUAGCCUCCCCAAGACUCUGCCUGCGGACUGGUACUCAAUCCGCGUCGGAGAUUCGUGGUCCCACUACUUCAUGAUCAGGUCCACAACCGGUGCCACCCCUACCGGGGCCAUGCCCACCCCUGUCUCUACCGCGACUGCGUCUAGCUCUUCCUUGCCCACCGUCGGCCCAGCGACUGUGUCUGCGAUUGGCGCCAAGGCCGCGCCCACCGCUGCCAACACCCCAAACAGCGCCGCAUACUUGUCUGCCGCCCCCAUGGCCAUGGCUGCCGCUGCCGUCGCUGCCGCCGCAAUGGCUUUCUAAUUCCUACUGUAGAAGAAGUUAAAUACGGACGCUGUAUAAUUUAGCACAAUAAACAACAUUAAAGCUCGAAUGCAAUGC